UGAACAGCUUGCAAACGUGACUCACUUUUGAUUUUAUCGUCGUGCUGUUGUAUAGACUGCACGUUGGUAUCUUCAUCAUUGAAUCUUUGGUCUCAACAUCAUCUGGAUUCGCACAUUAGUGCAAACCGACAUUCGAGACUGUCUUUACACUCCUGCAUAAGAUCGGGUAUUAGAUCGGAUCAGUUCCUAACCUUUCGAAUCGUCAUAUCUAUUCUGCAACCAUGGCCGCCACAACAGCUGUUGCCUCCGAUUUGGAGGGUUUGACUCUCUCAACAGCUCUGAAGGAGUUGAAGGGUACCGAGAAGCGCGACUCUCUCAUUGCGAACGAAAAGAAAUAUCAAAAGAAGUGGAAGGAAGAUGGAUUGUUCGAUGUUGACGCUCCUACCACGGCCGAAGUCCCUCUCCACUCGAUCUCCGCAGCAGAACUGCGAGAGAAGGUCCCUAAGUUCUUCUCUACAUUCCCCUAUCCUUACAUGAACGGUACUCUACACAUCGGCCACACCUUCUCUCUGAGCAAAGUCGAGUUUACUACCGGAGUUGCGAGAAUGCAGGGCAAGCGUGCUCUGUUUCCCCUGGGUUUCCAUUGCACUGGUAUGCCCAUCAAAGCUUGCGCUGACAAGCUGGUCAAUGAGAUUAAAAUGUUCGGCAAAGAUUUCUCUGGCUACAACCCAGACGAAGAGGUGGAGGAAGCUCCUAAGGCUGCUGAAGCUAAGCCAAAGGAAGAUGUUACAAAAUUCACGACUAACAAGAGCAAAGCCAACGCCAAGGUCGCCAAGAAGAAGUACCAAUUCCAGAUUAUGGAGUCUAUGGGCAUCCCCAAGGAAAAGAUCGCAUCAUUUGCUGAUGCCAACUACUGGCUGCAAUAUUUCCCCCCUCUGGCAAUGCGUGACUUGACCAACCUGGGCUUCCGCAUCGAUUGGCGUCGCUCGUUUGUCACCACCGAUGUCAACCCUUACUACGAUGCCUUCACCAGAUGGCAGAUGAACCGUCUUAAGGAGCUUAACAAGAUCAAGUUUGGCAAGAGAUAUACCAUCUACUCCAUCAAAGAUGGCCAGCCUUGCAUGGACCAUGAUCGUGCUGAAGGUGAGGCAGUUAAUCCUCAAGAGUACACCGCAUUGAAGCUCAAGGUCCUCGAGUGGGCACCCAAGGCUGCCGCAGCCCUCCAAGGCAAGCUUCCUGAAGGUGCCAACGUCUUCCUGGUCCCCGCCACUCUUCGCCCGGAAACCAUGUACGGCCAAACGUGCUGCUUUGUCGGUCCUAAAAUCAACUAUGGCGUUUUCAAGGUCAACGACACUGAUUACUUCGUCAUGACGGAGCGUGCAGCCAGAAACAUGGCCUACCAGGGCAUUUUUGCUCAGGAGGGUGUUAUUGAUAAGGCUGCCGAAAUUGUAGGAUCUGAUAUCAUUGGUACCUUGAUCAAUGCUCCUCUCUCUCUCCAUAAGGAAGGUGUCCGCGUGCUCCCCAUGGAUACAGUACUGCCUACAAAGGGAACUGGUGUUGUCACGUCUGUUCCUUCCGACAGCCCUGACGACUUCGCGACUGUUACCGAUUUGGCAAAGAAGGCUGAGUACUAUGGUAUUCAGAAGGAGUGGGCUGAGUUGGAGAUCUUCCCCAUUAUUGAGACUCCCUCAUACGGUGAUCUCUGCGCCCCCUUCCUGGUUAAGAAGCUCAAGAUUGCUUCUCCCAAGGACACCAAGCAACUGGAGGAGGCUAAGGAAUUGGCAUACAAGGAAGGAUUCUACCAAGGUAUCCUCAAGGUUGGAGAGUUCAAGGGUGAAAAGGUUGAAAUCGCCAAGCCCAAGGUCCGCGCUCAGUUGAUUGCUGCCAGUGAAGCCUUUGCCUACUCUGAACCUGAACGCAAGGUCGUCAGCCGAUCGGGAGAUGACUGCAUUGUUUGCUUGAUGGACCAAUGGUAUAUCGACUAUGGAGAGGAGUCUUGGAAGCAGAUUGCGCUCAAGUGGGUUGAAAACGAGGAUGGAAAGGGCAUGGAGACUUGGGCCCCUGAAACUAAGAACGGCUUCGAAAGCGUUCUUAACUGGCUUAACCAGUGGGCUUGUGCCCGUUCUUAUGGCCUGGGAUCUAAGUUGCCUUGGGACAAGAGCUUCCUUGUUGAAAGUUUGAGUGAUUCUACCAUCUACAUGGCUUACUACACAAUCGCUCACUUCUUGCACAAGGACUUGUACGGAAAUGAGAAGGGUGUUGGGAACAUUGCUGCCGAUCAGAUGACUGACGAGGUUUUCGACUACGUCUUCUGCCGUCGUGACCUUGACGACUCCGUUCUUGCUGACAGCAAGAUCCCCCGCGAAACUCUCGAGAGCAUGCGUCGUGAGUUUGAGUACUUCUAUCCCGUGGAUAUGCGCAGCUCUGGUAAGGAUUUGGUACCCAACCACUUGACCUUCUUCCUGUACAUCCACUUGGCUAUCUUCCCACCUGAGUACUGGCCUCGUGGUGUCCGUGUGAACGGUCACUUGUUGAUGAACGGAGAGAAGAUGAGCAAGAGUACCGGUAACAUGAUGACUGCACAAGAAGGUGGUUUGAAGUACGGUGCUGAUGCUACUCGCAUUGCUCUGGCUGAUGCUGGUGAUGGUGUCAACGAUGCCAACUUUGAAGAAGAUGUCGCCGACAACAACAUUCUCCGUCUCUUCACCCUCCGCGAGUGGUGCGAAGAGAUGGUCAAGCCUGAGACUGAGCUCCGCACUGGCGAGAUCAACAACUUCCAGGAUGCCUUGUUUGAAAACGAAAUGAACUCUCUUGCUGCAGAGGCUGUUGAGCAGUUCAAGCAGACUAACUACAAGCUUGCUCUCAAGGCCGCUUGGUAUGAGCUUACCACUGCGCGUGACUUCUACCGUGAGGCUUGUGCUGCUGCCAACAUCAAGAUGCACAAGGACAUUAUCAUGCGUUACAUUGAGACUCAGGCCCUGUUGAUGGCUGUCAUCGCCCCUCAUUGGUCUGAGUACAUCUGGCUUGAGGUCCUGAAGAAGGAAGGCUCCGUCCACAACUGCCGCUUCCCUGAAGCCGGUAAGGUUGACGGUGGCCUCUCCGCCAAGCGUGACUAUGUCCGAGUCACCACUUCCAACGUCAACUCUGCUGAGGCUGUGCAGUUGAAGAAGAAGGCCAAGGGCAAGGAUGUGUCAUUCGACCCCAAGAAGCCCAAGAGACUGACCAUUUACAUGACUGAGUCUUUCCCCUCAUGGCAAGCCAAGUACCUCGACUUGCUGAAGGAGAUGUGGGACCCAGCAACCAACUCGGUUAACGACAAGGAGCUGAACGGCCGUAUUGGAAAGAUGGGUGAGAUGAAGAAGGCUAUGCCGUUUGUCCAGGGUCUCAAGAAGAGACUCCAGGCCGGUGAGGCCGCCUCGUCUGUCUUGGAGCAGAAGUUGGCCUUUGACGAGAAAGAAACUCUCUCUCAAAUGGUUCCUGGCUUGAGGCGUACAAGUGGCUUGAAGGAUUGCAUUGUCAUUAAUGUCAAGGAGGGUGGCAAGGAGGGCGUCAACACCGCUACCGGAGAAGAUGUUGAGCUGAGUGGCCCUAUUCCCGAGAAUGCUGUCCCUGGCCAGCCUACGUUCUUCUUCGAGAAUGUUGAUGCUUAAACGGAUGAAAUUAAGAAAUGAACAGAGAAAUAAAAAAAGAAUAGGCAAUGAUAGUACACAAACUUAUAAACCAAAACAGUCUAAAAUUCCAUAAGCUUUGUGGUGAAUAUACGAUGAUUGUCAGCUUGGGCAUGGAAGAGCUUGUCUAGUUUGUGACAUAUCUGACAUCGACUAAGCAGGACAAGCAGCUUGCUAGAGAAAUUGCGGAUUGUGGGUGAGCCUGGUAUGUCGAGGCACCGACUGGUACUGACGCUAGCGAGGCUGCAGGAUCCUCAACGGGCAGCAUCCAUCUAACACUACAUGAGACGCUGACUGACCGUGCGCCGGAGGCGGCAGCGGUGACGGACACGAGCGGACAUGGAUCAAUACAGCUUGAUACAAUAUAUGCUUUGUGGCCUCUUUUCUUUCUCGAGCCACUAUAUUAGAAAGAAAGAACAAUAUACAUAAAAGAAGCUACUGUAGAACCAACCACGCUGUUCACAACAAUACGCAAACGUAACGGUACGCACGUUGAGAGAGGCGGGUCGGGGCGGAUACUCCCUUGCGUAGUACUUCGCUAUUCUGCAACGUGUAGCAGCAAUUGCAUGCCUGCGACUACCAUUGUGUACGAAAUAUGGGACACGGAGACUAUUCUCCAGUGGCAUCGCGGGUUGCAGAGCCACUCGGUAAGCGACAACGUUGCGCUUUCGGAAGCAUGACAAGGUGAGGUGGGCUUUUCCACGCAGCGUGACGCAGACGGCGUAUGAGGAAUAGGAUACAAGAUGGGACUUUGGUUUAAAAAAUGAGGCGUUGGGGGGUAAAAAGGCUUGUCUGCGCUGAUCCUUCGUGGAGUCGUGCCCGCAAUGACGCACAAGAGUGCUGUCUUGUCAUAUAAAUGGUUUUCUAACGUCUGCAUGCAUGAGAAUGGGCGGGUAGGCGCCGUUAGCGUGGCUUGUUUGAAAGCUGAUGGUGCAGCGUACGUUGC